GUAAUAGUUAAGGAAGAAGAAGAUUGACAGAGACGACGAAAAUAGCAAUAGAGGGAGAAGAAAGAAUAGAGGGAUUAGGAUACUUAGCUUGAUCUGAGUGUCCUAUACCCAAUUUUCUUUCAUAUUUCUCUAUCUUCUCCUUCUCCCUCUUUUCCCAAUCCAAUCUUCUUAUUAGCUUGUUAGAUCAUUUUCCAUUAUCACAACUUUCGAUCGUUGAGUUGAUAUAUAAUGCACAAAAACUCUUGAGACGACGGGUCUAUUUUGACAACGUUUGGAUCAUUGAUAAUGCACAUGCAUAAAUUCUUGAGAAUGAGAGCUUUCGUCGUGUUUUAGACAUUAUUUUACACAGAAAACUUACCAGAAAUUGUGAGAAUAAAGGAUUCUUUAAUUUCGUGUUGCAUGCACAUCUCUCUCAUCCUCUAAAACAGAAGUUGAGAGGGGAGAAGUAAAAUUAAAGCAUAAAAGGUGGCUCUAAUUCGAAUAGCCCUUCUAGUUCUCAUGGCCCCCAGCAAGUUACGGAAAGCCAUUGGGGCGGUGAAGGACCAGACAAGCAUCCGCCUGGCCAAAGUCGCCGGCAGCGACGGAGCCCUCGCCGACCUGGAAGUCGCCAUCGUGAAAGCCACCAGCCACGAGGACUUCCCGGCGGAGGAGCGGCACGUGCGGGAGAUCCUCGGUCUCACGUGCUACUCGCGCGCGCACGUGGCGGCCUGCGUGGGCGCCGUCUCGAGGCGGCUGAGCAAGACGCGGAACUGGGUGGUGGCGCUGAAGGCGCUCAUGCUCAUCCACCGCCUCCUCACCGACGGCGACCCCGCGUACGACCAGGAGAUCUUCUUCGCCACGCGCCGCGGCACGCGCCUCCUCAACAUGUCCGACUUCCGCGACGCCGCCUCGCGGUCGGAGUCCUGGGAUUUCUCCGCCUUCGUGAGGACGUACGCGCUGUACCUGGACGAGCAGCUGGAGUUCCGGAUGCAGAUCCGCCGGAGCGGCAGGAAGCAGCGCAGGGCUUAUGAGGAGGAGGAAGAACGGGAGGAGGAAGAGGAGGAGGAGGCGGCGGCGGCCACCCCGGCCAUAUUGUCCACGCCGGUGAGAGAGCUUAAGAUUGAGCUCGUCUAUUCCAGAAUCCAUCACUACGUCCACAUUCUCGACCGCUUCUUAGCCUGCAAACCAACAGGUGGUGCGAGGAGCAGCAGAAUGGUGCUGGUAGCGCUGUACCCAGUAGUGAAGGAGAGCUUCGUAAUCUACUUUGACAUGGCAGAGCUUCUGGAGAUCUUGAUUGACAGAUUCAUGGAGCUUACCAUUCCAGACUCUAUAAAAGUCCACGACAUUUUCUGCAGGGUGGCUAAGCAGUUCCAAGAGCUACAGAUGUUCUACGCCUGGUGUAAAGCCACCGGAAUCGCUCGCUCCUCCGACUACCCUGACGUCGACAAUUACCCGCAGAAGAAGCUCGAACUCAUGGAAGAUCUUAUCCGGGAGAAAUCGGACGAGAAAUGGAAGAAGCGGAAUGAAACGCCGGAGAAAAUGGAGGUGGUGGUGGUGGAGGCGGAGGCGGAGGCGGAACAGGAUAUGAAUGCGAUAAAAGCGCUGCCGCCGCCGCCGCCGCAGCCGGCGGCGGCGGAGACGGAGGAUUUCUUUGACGCGAUGGAGGAGGUGGUGCCGGAGAAGAAGGGGCAGGAUAUCGGAGAUCUGUUGAACUUGGGGGAGGAUGCGCCGACGGCGGAAGAGCACGCGAAUCAGUUGGCUUUGGCUUUGUUCCAAGGCGGCGCCUCUGCGGCGGCGGCGGCGGCGACCACGGCUUCGCCGUGGGAGGCGUUCAGUGAUUCCGGGGACUGGGAAACCGCCCUGGUCCAAUCCGCCAGCCACCUCUCAAACCAGACGGCGCAACUCCCCGGCGGCUUCGACAUGUUACUCCUUGACGGAAUGUACCAGCAGGGAACGAUCAACCACGCCGUCGCCUCCUCCGGCGUGAUCACCACCGGCAGCGCUAGCAGCGUGGCCUUCGGUUCGGCCGGGCGCCCCGCAAUGCUGGCUCUGCCGGCACCGACCUCCGGCGCAGCCUACACAGCUCAGGGAAUGGACCCUUUCGCCGCCUCGCUCUCCAUUCCGCCGCCGGCGUACGUGCAGAUGUCGGAGAUAGAGAGGAAACAGAGACUGUUAAUGGAAGAACAGCUGAUGUGGCAUCAAUUUUCCAGAGAUGGAAUGCAAGGGCAGGCAGGUUUUGCUAAUGUUCAUCAACCAAAUCCCUACACAAGAACCUACUCAAACAAGUAUUGAUUGCAAGUUUUCCCCGACAC